AUGUUUUUUUUCUCCAAUCUUGAUUUUUUAGGUAAAGCCUUGGAGGAGCUACGUGCUUCAAUGUUUAACAAACUACGUUCGGUCACUGGUCCCAAGCGCCAAAUGCAAUCUCUGUGGGGGCCCACUGUUGCUCUUACAUUUAACUUUUUAGUCUCGGUUACCAUUAUCUUGAUGAACAAACUGGUAAAACAUGUGCCUCUCUUCUCUAUUCUCAUAGCAGAAUCACAAAAUACUAUUGUCAUGUCUCUCUCCACUGGCCUUGCGAAUAUGGCCAAGAUUGCUGUGACCCCCGCCAUUGUUUUAUCCGAGUUCGUUCUCUUCAGGAAAAAGAUAUCUACACAAAAGCUGAUAUUCUCGUGUUCAAUACAUGGAAAGACUUCUAGGGGUAAAAACUACUACAAAAAAGGUGACUACUUGUAUCCACACUUUGAUGCUGUGGAAGCAUAUAAGAAGGCCUUCAAGACCUGGGCUACUUGGGUUAAAAAAAGUUUACCCAAACAAUUGGUGUUUUAUCAUGGCUACUCGUCCGCUCAUUUCAGAGGUGGGGACUGGGAUUCGGGCGGGUCGUGCAAUGGGGAAACCGAGCCCGUUAAAAGCGGGCCCAUUAUCUAUAGCUAUCCUACAAAGAUGAAAAUUGUGGAGGAAGUCCUUAGAGAAACUCGGGCUCCCGUCAUGCUUUUCAACGUCACGCGUUUGACCAAUUUUCGAAAAGACGGUCACCCUUCGGUUUUCGGUAGGAACGUGACAGGUGGCAAGAAAGUGUCGACCCGAAGACAAGAUUGUAGCCAUUGGUGCCUGCCCGGAGUGCCUGAUACCUGGAACGGGAAACGUGGAUCGACAGACCAUGUGCGUGAGCAGCAGCAACCGGCGGGUUUUGGCAUAUGGCGGCGGCACUGCAACUGGCGUCCGGUAUUUUUGAUGAAAUGUUCGAUGAUGUACACCUGCCGUCGGAUGAACCACCCAAGGAUCGUUGUGCUUGAGGCCGCCACCUGA